UCCCGGGAUUGGGCGUGGGCUGUGGAAGCUCCGCCCCCGCGCACUCUGAGCGGGCCUUGGCGCCGCUGUCGCGCUGUUCUCUGUGUUAGUUUGUGCUGUGGCCUUUAUGGCGCUCAGUUCUCAGCGCCUCGAGGCCUCCCUGGGCAAGAGGGUCAAACUCACCCUAACGUGCGGCGCCUUCCAGGGUGUGCUACAGCACGUCUGCCUCGGCAGCGGCCUUCUCCUGCACACAGUGAAGAACUUGGAAACUGGCAGGAGCUCCCCAGGAGUAAAGGUGUUUUUCAGCCAAGAAAUAGUCAAUGUGGAAUUGCUGGAUGAACCGGAUUCAGACAAGGGAACAGCAGUGCUGUCAAAGUGCACUUCAGCUCUUGAGGAGAACAAAGGAGGAGACACAGGAACAGCAGAUGGUGGCCCAUGGACUUCUCCAUGCUUUUCCCCAGAGAGGCAGCUCAGAGCCUUGAACAGCUUAAACCUGAACUCCCUCCCGGGAAAUGAGGAGGAAGAGAAAGUAGAGUAUACAGUUGUUGAUUGUUUCCAGCAGAAAUUUGGCCCAGCAGUGCUGCACCUGAAACAACAGCAUGUUAUCAGUGUAGUUGGAGAAGGUGUUAAUUUGUGUUGUCAUGGAAAACUCUCAUGGCUUCAGGUGGCAACAAAGAGCCGUGUUUUUCUAUUUGAUAUUUUUCUUCUGGGACCUCAAGCUUUCACAAAUGGAUUACAAAUGGUGCUAGAAGAUAAAAACAUCUUGAAGGUCAUGCAUGACUGCCGUUGGAUCUCAGACUGCCUCUUUCACCAGUACAAUGUCCUUCUUGUCAAUGUCUUUGAUACACAGGUUGCUGAUGUUCUGCAGUUCUCAGUGGCAACGGGUGGCUUUUUUCCACACCGCACUUGCACAUUACAGGAGUGUCUGAUGCAGCACUUGAAGAUACCUUCCAGAUGGAAUACCCUCAUGAAGUGCAAGCAGCAAAUGGCUUUGGAGAAUCCUGAUAUGUGGUUCUUGAGACCCCUUCCAGCUUCUGUCUUUCAAGUACUUGCUCUGAAGGCUAAGUGCCUUCUGCUACUUCACUCGUCUCUAAUGGAUAACUUCAUGUCGGACCUCACAGGUGUGGUACGCGCUUAUUUAAAUACUUCACAGAAUGGACCUGAAGAUCACCUUGGGAGCAUAAAGCCCACUUGCAUGGAGCUGCCAAAGGAGCUGCGUCAGCUGGCAGACAUCCAGAAGCUGCGAAGGGAGAAAGCAGUGAAGGACUACAGAAUAAAUGAGGAUGGUCUUUUGAUCAGACCACCCAUAGAAUUAAAUGAAGGAAGUCCACAGAAGGAUGAAACCCACUGAGAUGACAAGGACUGUCUUCCCCCCGAAUGAAGCAGUGUGUCAAACUACCUCCAUCAGCAGUCAGGAUCUACUUUAUCGGCGAAAGAAAGAAAAAUCAAAAAUAAGUGUCAAGUCUGUAGGAGAACCUCAAAACAACCUCAACUUGGCUAUAAAAAUCUUUGGAACAGGUAACUUGAAAAGCUUGUGUUACGUAUUUGAGGACUUUCAAAGAAUGAGAUGGAGUUAUUCCCCAUGCGGAAGCACCAAACAAAAAUUCCUCUCUUUACAAGGACAGAUGAACAGAUUGUUGAAGGGAAAUGUUGAUGGUCUCUCUAAUCCUAAUUCCUGACUUUUUAAGGUCUAUUUUGAGAUCUUACUUUUUUUCCACGAGCUGUUUUUGCCAUUGACUUUUUAUUUUAAUUUAUUUUAUCAGACCGUUGCCUUAAAUUGGAUUGGUUCAUGUGUUGUUUUCAACUGUUGCAGGUACGUAAAACUCUUACCCAAACCAAAUAUGUUUUGUAAAUAGAGAAGCUUGUAAGAUGCCUGUUCAUUGAGAUUAGAAAGGGUUUGCUUGGAAAAAGUUCUUUCUUUCUUUCUUUCUUUUUUUUUUUUUUUGAAGAAAAGCUCUGGCCAGCCCAUGUGGGCUUGGUUUAUAGACAGAUAAGUCUCUUGGUGUAGCUAACACAAGUCUUGCAUAGGAGAGUGCAAAAGAUCACACCCUACUUGAACAGCAGUGCUGGCAAAAACAACAGAGGUGUACAGAUUAAAAAAAAAAAAGUCUCUGUCAAGUCACAAUUAUUUUAUGCUAACUGGCAAACACAGCAUUCUGCUUAUAGAGUUGCAGCCCACCUCUGUCAGCACUGCUGUGUCAGGCUCAUAUAGAUAAGGCAGUAACAGUAAUGUAUGUGUAUGGAGAAGUGUCUGUUCUAAAAGUAAGGGAAAGCAGUUAAAUUAGUGUGAACUACGUCUAGCAUUUUCCCCAAGAAAAAUAAGAUAUAAAGGCAAAAUUUGUUUGUUUCCAGUGUACUCGCUUUGUCUGGUAUUCACUAAAAUACUAGACCACAAGUGUUUUGUCUUUUUGAAACGGUGAGUGUACUUGCUUAUUUAUGGAAGUGGCAGAAUAAAAAUCCAAGGUUUGAUCUUUGUCAGUGCAUUUUUUUUGUAUUUUUUUUAAAUCUUUAACAGUAUUCUGUAAUUAAACUGUAUAGUUCCUUUGUGUUGGCUCACUUUAGAAAAAUAAAACAAGUUUGAAAUGUU